AUGGUCGUUGAUGCUCUUCUCCGCUUCCGCCGCACUCCCCCUGAACAGAAAGCAACUCCCCACAAAGAUCAUCCCGCGGAAUCCCCCAGACAACAACAUCUCCUGACCAUCGCUGAACUCCCUUCCUGGUACGACGCCAACCCAUUCAUUCUAUCCGGAUAUCGCCCCGAAAGCCAAUCAUGGUGGUCUUCCCUGUCCAGCUGGCGAUACUGGCACAAUGAAUCCUGCAACAUCUACUCGCAUCUCAUCCCGGGCUUGCUCUCGCUCCUCGGUCAGGGGUCGCUAUACGACUAUCUCCGUGUGCGAUAUACCAAUCUGUCGACCUUUGACUGGUUUAUCAUCGCAUUGCAGCUUCUCACAGGCACCAUCUGUCUCCUCACCUCGUCGCUGUUUCAUACCGUGCUGAACCACUCCGCUCCUGUCGCGUAUCAAUGGCUUCAAUUCGACUACGUGGGCAUCAUCGUCCUCAUCCUGGGCAAUUUCAUCAGCGGUCUCCAUUUCGGCUUCUACUGUGAUCCUGGUCUCAAGCAUUUCUACUGGUUUUUGAUCCUAGCCUUUAGCUCCGCAACAGCCAUCACCCUCCUCAGCCCCAGAUUCACAGGCCCGGAAUGGCGAUCCUUCCGGCUCGCCAGUUUCAUCUGCACGGGUCUUUCGGCGUUUGCGCCAAUCGGCCAUGCGUGGGUGCUCUGGGGUCCCGAGUACCUCGCGGCGAUCGGGGUGCCGUAUUACCUACUCGAGGGUGUAUUCCUCAUCAUUGGCUGCUACUUUUGGGAGCGAAUGGUGCCGGAACGGCUUUUUCCAGGUAAAUUCGACAUCAUCGGCCAGUCACACACCAUCUGGCAUGUUUUUGUGGUAUUGUCAAUUGGUGCUCAUAUCCACGGUCUGCUGAGUGCAUUGGACUACGUGUACAACGAAGCAUCGUGUCGAGUUGUAUAG